UAACGGUUUAAAAGAGUGAAUUGGUAAAUGCAAUCAUAUAAUUAAGUUUAGGGGCAAUUGGAAUUAUGAAUAAUUUAAGUGCGCACUAAAUAGAUGAAAGCCAGUAGUAUAAGUUUUUUUUUAGGUGUUCCGCCACACAAAAACAGUAGACUCGAGAAAUACGCACACAAAUAAAAUCCGAAUUUUAUUUUAUUAUCCAUCUAAAUCCAUGGCGUUGGAGGAGAACGGCGGUGGAGAUCUGAAGGAGCAAGGUGAACAGGAGUCGUCCGAUUGGUCCAAAUUGUCGGCUGAUUUGAAAGUUGAGAUUUUGUGCCGGUUACCGGAAAAACCUCUGAUUGCGUUCAAAAGGGUGGCCAAAGAUUGGUACUUUCUGAUUUCUUAUACUUGUGUUCCUAGAUUAUCUCCACCAUCUCCUUCUGCCCCUAUCUGUGGUACCUUUGGUCCUGGCUUUACUAGUGAGCCAUCCAAGUCCACCACUGUAGUAUUCACUCCAUAUGGACAUUACCAUACCGUCUAUCAUCAGCGCCGUUCACGGAAUAAACCAGAUAAUGUUCGUUCCUACUUGGAUUCCUUGCCUUUCACUUGUACGACUAAGGAUCUGCAUGACUGCUGCAACGGUUUGCUUCUUAUAUCCUGCAGUGACGACGAACGCACUCAGUAUUUAGUUGGUAAUCCAGCUACGAGGCAAACUAUUCCGAUAUCUGUUAAUUCAAAGCAUCAAAAUUCCAACUUGGUGGACUGUUCGCUAGUUUUUGAUCCAGGCGAGUCGUUAGAAUACAAGAUUAUUCGGUUUGUUCACUCGGUUGGUAAAGUCACUAUUAGGUUAGUGGAUGUUUAUUCUUCUGAGACUGGAAACUGGAUCGAGUACAAACUUCCUCUUGCACCAGAGAUUUCUGGACUAUGGUGGCUUAAAAAUUCAGUCUAUCUAGAUGGAGUUCUGUACAAGAUAUGCCGUGAUGGACGCCUCAUUUGCAUAGACGUAAAAUCCAAUCUUACUAAUUUGAAUGCUUGGUCUACCCUUGAAUUGCCAUUUCAGCCGAUCACAGAUGAGUGUGUAGGUUCUAUUGGAGCAUCAAGAGGCAAUCUUUAUUGCUUCAAUCGAGAUGCAUCUAACUUUCUUCUUUGGAAGCUGAAGAAUGGUGUUCAAUGGGUUCUGGAAUACAAUAUAAGCAUAUAUAGGCUGAUUCAUCGUUCUUUUGGCCGUUAUUAUUGUAAGGUUUUGGGAGAUAAGGUGUGGACUAACUUUCAGCCUUGUGUCUUUCUUCCUACUCAGGACGAAAUUCUCAUUGAAACUCCUUGGUUCCUCGUAACUUAUAGUCCUAAAGAAAACAAUUUUGAGUGGUAUGACAUAGAGAUGCGUGGCUGUAAGACAAGAAGAUUAGGGCAAUCUUUUGCUUACUCGCGAAGCCUUGUUGUCUUCAAUAGCAUCAUCCAUAGGCAUUACGAAUCAUCUGCCUCGUUCAGAAUGUGUUCAAUUCAAAAAUCACAGUCCGUCUCACCAUGUAGUGACUAAGUUCCAAUGAAGUUGAUGUUUAUCUGCAAAAGUGGACUAGGUUUCGGAGUUGAUGUUUGUCUGCAAAAGUGUGGUCCAUUAAAUAUGAAGAUUUAGAGGUAAUCUUUGUCAGCCCAAUAGUAUUGUAAGGAUCAAGGAGGCAGCGUAUGUAUAGUAUGUUCAGGGAGGGAGUUUGUAUGGUUCAGGCAGGGAUAAUUUAUUUAAUUGGCCUGACUGAUGUAACAAAAUUUGUGUUUAUUUUUUCAGUUGUUAGAAGAAAGUAUCUACCUCUGCAACACACUUUUAUUUUUUAAGUAACCCCUUUUUUUCUUGUUA